UGGAAUCCGCUGUACCGAUAAGCACCUGGAUCGCGACUGAAGGUUAGCAUCACUCCAGUCUGCCCAGUCGUCGAAGCCAUCACUCGGUUUUUUAACGAGACAGCUGUCAGGGGAUAAGUGCCAAAAUACAAAGACCCAAACUGUCUGCAACAGUGGAUCAAUGAAGCUGCUUCCGUCGGGAUCACUGGUCUUCUCGGGGAUACUCCUGUGUGUCCUGGUUAUCAACUCCACCUCUGCACGCCGAAGACCUGCUCGAUUUGACGACGAGGAGGAAGACGGGUCUUCGUGGCUUUCAGACGACAAGAGACACGACGAUUCACCGUUAUCUCAGGACAGCGGAAACUACGAUGAUCGGGAUCAAAUGUCAUCAAAGGCUGACUGCGACGCCCAAAAUUUCAGGCGCGGUCAUAGUGAAUGUGACCGGAUACUACGAAUGAAUCUUCCACACCACCAUGGCAAUCACGACUUCAUUUGCUACUCACUGCGCAAGUACAAAAUGUGUGUGGCAAAUGUAAUGAUCCAGUCGAGUUGCUACGAAAGAGGAUUCGUAUCUCAAGAGCUGCACAAGAUCAGAGGUAUCAUUCAGGGCUACAGUGUCGAUUGCUUCAACAUCACCAAAGAGACAAACCAGAGAAUAGGGCGUAUGCGCCGCGUGCGAUAUCAACUUUCCAGGCAGAAAGCUUCACCAGAGUGCAAUCCUGCACGUGCGUGGUCCCUGGAAUUGGUCUGCACUCAAGAAUUUGAGAAAGAUGCUCGCGUACUCACAGGUCCUUUUACGCCAGCACAUCUCAAAGAGACAUGCAGUUCUGUGGUGGAUUACUACAAGUGUCUGUCACCAAUGGGGACGUUCAGCAAGUGCCAGAAGGACCAGAAGAAACUGAUCGAUGACAUAACUUAUUUCCCGAAAGCUUUGACAACCGAUUACAAGAGUGCUUGUAAGAAUGAGCUGAAAAAGAAAGUCUCCCAUUUCUUCUGGAGUGCUAGCGAAACUGCUCGGCAGGUAGGAGUGACAAAUUGCAGAGAGCCUUACGCCUCGAGGGAAUUCCUUGCUUGUGCUAUCGUUUACAACGAGGUGAAAAAGACUUCUGUAAACGAUAUGUCAAGGAUAUGCAUGGCGUUCAAGAACUUCGUUAUCUGCACAGAGAACAUAGCAGACAGACUGCGUUGCAGAGGCGAAGCCUUCCAGGGUGCCGCAACCAAUGUUGUCAUGACGCUGCUGUAUGAAGACUCGCGCUCGUGCAGCUUCACCGGUAGAAUGAAGCGUGGCCGAAGUGGUGGCAUCGCAGGCGAAAAGGAGGACAUACCGCCUGGGCCGGAAACGAAGGCCGAGAAAACUACGGAAGGAACCGUAGAGGAGACUGAGCGAACCCGAGCCAGAAGAAAUUUUAACGAUUUUAUAUACAAGGCGACUACAAAGAAACCCAGAAGUAAUCUACCACUCGAUCAUAACCCGGUGGAGGACAUGUCACCAGGUGAGAGAGACAAGAAACCGGAUGAAGACCAAGUGCUCCCCCCAAGUGAAAUCUACAGAUUCCCUGUGGGUGGAGAAGACAGACGCAGAGAUAACUCGGCGAGAAGGGGUCAGGCAGAGCAGCCUAGCUGGAACACAGUUGACCCGGACCACGGUGACCAUGCUCAAUCUACAAAUCCACCACCAUUUGCAGAGGGAAACCCGAAUGAGGUCCAAGGGAAGUUGUUCGUACAUAAUAAAGCCGGUAGAGAGGACGAGCGGGAACCUAAUGAACAGCCAGUAAAACCUCCGAAGAAUGAUAUCCCCUCUAAGCGCAAGGCAAGUGGCAAAAUACACGAUGACGGUUAUCCACCCGACCCCAAUGACGGCUUUUUGGAAGACAUGGACGAUAUGGACAUGGAAGCUGUACACAGGCGCAGGAAGAAGCUGCACAAGAGACGUCUCCAUCGGAUGUGGUAGAAGGUAGAAUGACAUUAGAGUGUAUAUAAAACUUUGUUUCUUAUGGGUAUGGGAAUAAAGAUGACGCCCCCACCGUGACGACCGUGUGGUGCAGGGAAUACGGGGCGCAGAUCGGACA